AUGUCCGAGUACGCAGAAUCAAUUUACGCAGAUUCCGUGAUUGAUUGGGAUCAAGGUUUUGAUAACUACGAUGAAACCCUGACUGAAAAACCACGUGGACAGCGUAGAUGGCUUGGAAAAGAGCAUCACCGAGGAAAGGAACGUCUUCACAAUUCAGUGAAGGACAGGACCUUCAUCGAGAAGACUGUCAAAUCGACAGACCCACUGAGCAAGAGAUCAGCUGACCGAAUUGAAGAGUCAACCAAAGACGAACUGAAGCUCAAUGUAUUAUAUUCAAUGGAUAAAAAGAAUCGUUGGAAUGAUGCUACUACUGUAACUCUCUUGCGUAGUGCCCCAGAAAACUUGAACGUUGAAGUUGUGGAGAAGAACGCAUUGGAACAAUACGGUUUCUUGUAUCCCAACAAAUCAACAUUUGCAGUUCACUCGAGAAAAGUGAGACAAGAAGAUGCUCCAGGAGAGUUUGAAAUCAGAAAAGCCACGUCAACAUCCAGCAAAGGCCAAGAUUAUUCCAAUUUCCUUCCAAAGUCUCGAGAGUUCAGCAAGAAAGCGAAUGCAAAGAUAAUGACUGUCCGACAUGAAGAAGAGGGGCCAGUGGAGCUACCUACAGUAACCUACAACAUUUACAAGACGCAUCACAGCAAAGAUGUCGUUGGAAGUGAACUGUUCAAAGCAAAAGUUGUCUCCAAAUCUGGUCGUCAUCGUGCGAACAAGAAAAUCGAUAUGGAUGUGUAUGAUGACGAUGAAUAUUUCGAUGACGAAGAAAAUGAGUUUGAAGAUUCAAACCAUCAAUCCCAUGCCAGAAGCAUCUUGGAUCUCACUGAUUACGUCGUGGAGAAUAGUAAGAAACAAGUUGUUCGUAGCAAACGAAAUGCCAGUGAGACCUCUUACGAAAUGAUUGAUCAUACGGAUAUUGAGUAUUCCCACCAGUUCAACAUUCAAGGAUACCUCAACCAGGAAGGAUUCACUUUCAUCGAAUCCGACAUCACCUUCAGCAAUCAAACCGCCUGUUUUGAAAAGCAAAUUAAUGAACUCCGAGAGGAAAGGGAUUUGAAAAUCAAGGAUCUCCGACCCAAUCAAUACUUGAUUGAUAUUACAAAAAGAUGUCAGUCGGAUGGAGCUAAAAAGAACGGAGAAACGACUACUGUGAUGGUUUUCACACAUCUGAAACAGAAAACUUUCAACGUACUUCUUAACUCCACAAUCAUCUGUCACCCCGAGAAAAGAAGCGACGAAUAUUUGAAAAAGCUGAUAUCCAGUGCGACAUCAAUUCUAGAAGCUAUCACUAGAGUAUCAGGAGAACUCAAUCAAAACCGAAAUACAAUUGAUAUGAUUUCAACUUCUGGAAAAUACUAUGGGAAGAAGGAUUUGACAGAACUUUUGAAUGAUAGCACUGUCUGGGAUUUUCAAACGAAAAAGAUGCAGAAAAUGAACUGGCCAAAUCAACAUUACCAUGCUACGUGGGCAAAUUCUGAGGAAUUGAGUCAAAUUGGUGGAAAAUUGGAAUGGAAUGAUUUGUGUGAAAUGGUUAAGACGGAGAACAGACUGAAAACUUGUUACACUUUCGAAGAGAACUGUGGAGAGUGCAGUCGAAAGAAGAGAUCUCAUGAACUGUUUCUUGUUAAAAACGAAUCAAAAGUCAAAUGCACUGACUGCUUGAGGAAUCAAUUCUAUCGGGAAUUCAUGGCAAACAGACUUCCAAUUGACCUGGAAACUGAUACUGCUGAAGAACUGGAAUAUCUUCCGACAUUCAUCCCUCUCCCCUUACUGAAUCUUUAUAUUCGAAUGGUUGCUGAAACUAUUUACAAAGAUCUUGGAGCCACCGGAGAUUUUGAAAAAUGUCAGUCUUGCAAGUCAGCCGUGUUCUUUGAGGAUCUAACUUCCGAAAACGAAAAGAAAUCUGUAAAUCGUUCGUGUCCUUGCGGCUAUUCUUGGUGCAAAGAGUGCAGAAAUGUUCCUCACUGGCCGAUGAACUGCACUGAUUUCUCGGAAUGGGAGAAGAAAUGGCUUUUGAGAUAUUCAAUGAUGCACGCUCAGGGAUCGGGGUCGGAGGCUCUCCUCCAAAUCACUUGCUCUUGUGGUAGUGCGAUCAUGAAUGUGCUUCUCCCUGCUGGAAAAUUCAUCAGCUGUCCGAACUGCAAGACAAACGUAAAUACUGAAACAAUGCAUUCCAUUUAUGAGCCGUACUACUGGCCAUACUCUCCACGUCAACGAGAAAGAUUGAGACAGUACUAUCGGGACCAUAAGAAUGAGGAUUCUUAUCGAUACGAACCAAUAGCUGAAAUCCGUACUGAUAUCACUAAGAUUCCGGCAAUCAAACAAUCAGUUAUGGAAGUUUGUGGGGCAGCGAGAGACGUGCGAUUCGAUUUGAAAUUCCGGAAUCAAAUGGUGAAACGAGAGCACGCAUUGAUUCGAAAAAACACAAUAGAAACCGAAGUCGUUGAGAAUCUCUUUGGAACAACCGCAUAUCUUGCGGAGAAUGUGACAGCAUGGAUGCACAUGAGCAAUCAAAAUGAUCGCAAUGUGAAGAACACAUUGGAAACAAUGAUGGAGAAUAGGAAGAAUCUAAUUGAAGUUUUGGAGGGAGGAGAUCAAGAAUCUAUUAAGGAAUGCAUUCGAACACUCAGAAUUCAAAUAGAUUCAGUUGUUUCCAGCGUCGAGAAGAAACUGAAUGAUGCUACUCCAAGACAACAAUUUUCUUAUUCUAAUCACACUGAUUGUAUCUGA